UGGCCGUGCGAGCAUUGUCAGUGAAAGCGGAAACAGAACUUGAAGGAAGUAAUGGAAAAUGAGUGGAUGCAGUCACGCCAAACCUACUAAGACUUCAUCCCCAGACAUGGCGAUCGCGUAGAAAAGCUCUGACAUUAUCUGUAUGAAACACUCUUUCCGAUGAAGGAUGGACCACAACACCCAAAGACCCCGAUUCGCGGUAGAUUUACUCUCCAAGUCGGGUCACGAAGCGAUACUCACGCAGAAUGAGCAAGAAAUCAAGCUUUUGGAACACAUUCGCCAGUACAUGGGGAAACGUAUAAAAGCCGAACUCGAAUAUGCUUCCGCACUCUCAAAAAUUAACUCUACUGCCUCACAAUUUCUCGCCGAGGGAACGAGUGAAAGUGACAUUCGAAAGGCAUGGUCUGUGUACAUAUCAGAAUCAGAGGCCAAGUCAAGGCUAGUCUCACAAUUUUCAAAUCAAGUUUCUUCAAUUACUUUUCCUAAAUUAGAGCAAUUAAUACAGGACAAGAAAAAUUUAUUACGAAAGUAUCGAACUGAAAGAUUUCGUGUGGACAGUGAAUACAAACAAGAAUCUGACGAGAUUGACAGAUUGCGAAGGACUUAUAGAGAUAAUGCCAAAGAUGCUGAAAAUGCCCAGAAACGUUAUGAAGAAGUUAUAACUAAAGAUAAAAUGAAUGCCAAAGAAUGGGACAAAUCAAAGGACAAGUUUAUUAAAAUGGCACUUAAAUUGCACCAAAAUCACAAUGACUAUGUACUCUCACUAGUAUCUGCAAAUUGCCAUCAGGAGUUCUAUCAUAAUAGUGUUGUUCCUACAAUGCUGGAGCAUUUGCAAGAGCUGCAGGAGUCUUACAUUAACGAGUGGAAAGAAAUUCUUCAGGAGAUACUCAAUUUCACUGACUGUUGUAGAGAGGAGUUUGUGACUUCUUCCAUAAAAGUACAUGAGUCCAUAGGGGCUGUCACAAAAGAGCAUGAAUAUGUAGACUUCAUCCAAGCUAACAAAAAAUCAUCACCAGUGUGCCCUUUUCUCUUCGAGCCAACGCUACUGGAAAAUACAUCCACCAACCUUAAAGCUAAUAAGCUUAUGGUGAAUGACUUAACUGGGGAGAAGUUACAACACAAGAAUACAUUGUUGACACAAGAACUCCAAAUAAUUGACCAACAACUGGAGCACAAGAUAAGAGAUUUAAAAAUAGAGAAAGACAACCUUGAAACUGCAAAGAGUGAUGGCAGAGAAACUCUAUGUAUACUUCCACGAGAGGUUACAGUUGCAGUGUUGGAAUGGCAGCUAGAAGAACUACAGUGUAGUAAGCUAAAGCUUGAGAGGAAAAUUUCCACUGUGAAAGAAGUGCUUGACAGCCUGGGAAAUGAUCCUCCCCCAAAGUUCUAUGAUUUGAUAAGUCCGCCAGUUUCUUUAUCAGGGGACUAUAGCACUAAGGAUUACGGUCCUUCUGAGACUCGCCGCAGUACUCGCAUACCCAGGAUAUCCGUUGCCAAUCUCUUCCACAAGCGGAUCAAAAAGAAGUCCUCCAGCGACAGUGAUAAUAAAAGUGAUUUGGACGGACAUGACGAAGAUGAAGAUGAAGAUAGUGUUGGCGAUUAUGUUGAGCCGCCUGAAGACAUCCCGUUACAAGACGAGCCCUGGUUCCACGGCAUAAUUCAACGAAAGGAUGUGGACAAGCGACUCAAGUCUGAUGGCGAGUACCUGGUACGUGAGAGCGCUACAAAGCCCGGCCAGUUUGUCCUGUCAGCGCGCAGUGAUGGCGCGCUCAGGCACUUCAUCAUACAGACGAUGGAAGACGGCUUUGUACGUUUCGAAGAGCAAGCGUUCCCGUGUAUCCGAGAGCUACUCAAAUACCAUAUAACCCAUCAUAUCCCCGUCACUAAAAAGUCUAAUGCGAUGAUCAGUACACCCGUCCAGCGCCCACCUAAGGACAAGUGGGAGAUUAGCCACAGUAUUGUUGAGAUUGAGAGCAAACUUGGGCAUGGUCACUUUGGGGAUGUGAUGAGGGGAUACCUGAAGCCGUCACAUCUCCCUGUCGCCGUCAAAUCAUGCAAGGAGGACGUAUCUGAAGUGGUUAAGAAGAAGUUCUUGGCGGAGGCUGAAAUACUCAAGCAGUAUGAUCAUCCAAACAUUGUCAGGCUCAUCGGCGUGUGUGCCGAGAGGGAGCCCGUGUAUAUAGUUAUGGAGCUGAUGCUCGGCGGGGACUUUCUGACAUACCUACGAAAACACCUAGGGAAGAUCCAGGUCCCAAGACUGGUCAAGUUCAGUAUUCACGCGGCAGCGGGUAUGGAAUACCUUGCUAGCAAGAACUGUAUCCACCGCGAUCUAGCCGCUAGGAACUGCCUGAUCGGUGAAGACGAUGUGCUGAAGAUAUCUGACUUUGGCAUGUCCAGGGAGGUUUACGACGAAGGUCUGUACGAGGCGUCUAACAUGCGUGAGAUCCCUGUCAAGUGGACCGCCCCUGAAGCGCUGAACUACGCUCAGUACACCACGCUGAGUGACAUCUGGAGCUUCGGGGUGCUGCUGUGGGAAACCUUUUCUUUUGGGAAUACGCCCUACCCCGGUCUUAAUAACAAGGAAACCAGGGAUAAGGUGGAACAGGGUUACCGCAUGCCACCUCCCAUGGGAACACCACCCACCAUCUACCAGAUCAUGAAGGACUGCUGGAAUAUCGACCCGGAAGCGCGGCCCAAAUUUGACGAGCUCCUGAGAAGACUGAAACAGGUCAAGGAGCAAGUGGGGGCGAGUUUGCCAUAGCCACCGUCUCGCUAAAGGGCCAUAGCCACUGUCUCGCUAAAGGCUAUUUCGCAAGGGAAAUAGACAGAUACGGGGGAGUAAGGGAACAAAAGAUGUUAAUACUUCAAAUGGGAACGGGUCUUUUUUCCCUUCUCCGCUUGUUUUUUUGGCGCCGGUUUAACAUGCUCUUACUUCUCCCCCUCCUUCCCUUGUCUGUUUCCUACGCUAGUGGAAAGCUGGCUUUAUCCAAUAAGGUCGCAAAGAACAGUAAAGUCGAAAGUGAAAUCCUAUUCGAUAUUUAAUAUUAAAUAUAGGUUACCAAGAGCAAUUCGGACAAUAGUAGGAUGUCGAUAGAUGUUAUAUUUGUGUUGAUAUUUUUACUUACGCCAUUUCCUCUAUCAUUCCAGGCACGGCACACACUAAACUAUUUUGAACAUGCUUUUUUUAAAGCUAUAAAUACAACAAGUAAAAUUAUUUAAAUAUACAUAUUAGAAGAAGAUACUUUUAAAUGGUAAAUGCACAAUAAAUAGUUUAUUAUAGUAUAGUAGGUUAUAUAGUUCAAAGAUAGUGCAGUACACAAUAAUUGACAAUAAUGUUGAUUUGUAAUUAGCUAUUACAGGAUUGUCCCAUCGAGGCAACCGACAUUAAAGUGUUUAAAGUUUGA